AUGAAGUCGUCUUUGUACGACAAGGUCUUUGAGAGGGAGUUAGGCUACCGGCCCUACAACGUCAGCCUCAAAGGCCUCUAUGGUGCCUCGGAGUGGAUCGAUGAAUUGGAUAUUGUCAAUGAGCUUGGAGGGCACACGGGAUGCGUCAAUGCUUUGAGCUGGUCGAAUUCUGGACGGCUGUUAGCAUCCGGGUCCGAUGACACUUACCUCAAUAUAUACUCAUAUCAUCCUGAUUCAUCGACAUCUCCGUUUGCCCUGACCACCUCGAUAAACACGGGUCACACAGCAAAUAUCUUUUCCGUCAAGUUCAUGCCCCAUUCUAACGACCAGACCCUUCUUACCUGCGCGGGAGACUCCGAAGUCAGGAUCUUUGAUGUAGAAUACUCGUUCAAGAAUGCUUCUAAUCCCGCUGCUACCGAUGCCUUCUCCACAACAAGGAGCAGGCGGAUGACCGACUUUUUUACCGGAGUUCGUCAUCUCAGUCAUCACAACACAAAUAGUCGCGUCUAUCGAUCUCAUUCCGAUCGCGUUAAAAGAAUUGUGACCGAGUCGUCUCCAUAUCUGUUCUUGACCUGUUCAGAAGAUGGUGAAGUGCGGCAGUGGGAUCUGCGUCAACCGUCGUCGGCAUAUCCCGCCCCACGUGGAGGACAAGGUUUCAUGGCAUAUCGACCCGGUGUGCAUCACGAUGACUCCAAUAUUCCAGCUCCUUUGAUAUCGUAUAAGCGGUAUCAUCUCGACCUCAAUACCAUAUCAUGUUCUGCGUCUCAACCUCACUAUAUCGCAUUGGGUGGUGCUCACUUGCAUUGUUUUCUUCACGACCGCCGGAUGAUUGGACGGGAUCUACUUGCGGAGAAAGGCCAAUUGAAUAGAUCGACUCCCUCGGCAGGCAGUUUUGAGGAUGAAAUCAUGAGCAAAGCAACUAGAUGCGUUCGAAGGUUUGCCCCUAACGGCCAGUCCAAAAUGAAGCCUCAUGACAACGGUCAUAUCACUGCUUGCAAAAUUAGCGAUGCGCGGCCGAAUGAGAUGGUCGUCAGCUGGUCAGGAGACCAUAUUUACAGUUUCGAUCUCAUUCGCAGUCCGGAUGCGAGAGAAAAGGGGAGAACCGGCGAUAGUGUCAAGACCAUCAACUCGACCAGGAAGCGCAAGCGCGAAAAAGUCGCAUCGGCCACAUCGCUUUCAAGCGGGAAUAGAAGACGCCAGACUUAUUUGAGAUCAGAUGAGACUCCCGCUGAAGGAUUGGAGAUGUCAUUUCAUGUGCGCUAUGGCAAUGGAGAAUCAGAAAAUAUCCCGAUAUCAAUGACGAACGAACACGACGGUGACACGACCGAGGAUGUCAUAGAAAGAGCACGAUCUUCCGUUUUGACUGAAGCGCAAAAGUUGAGUUUAAAAAUUGCAAAGGUUCUUGUCAAAAUGCGCAAAGCUCUAUUCUCUCUUGAGGCAUCAAUGCGAGAGAUGUCACAGGCUCAACGUCAUUAUGAUCUUGCUUCAUAUCAACCCGCUUUUGCUACGGUUUUGAGCCAUGCGUCAGUCUGUUUGAACCAGAUGGAUGAAGUAAACAGAUCCUGGAGAUACCCGCUAAACCCAUCCGAGGAUGUCGUUAUCAUGCAGCAAACCCUCAGAAGAAAUCGUGAGGCUGCCCGGCGCUUUGUUCAGGCUUGUGGAACUCUGGCUGUGUCUCUCGGGGCGUGCACAGGAGAUUCUCCUGGAGUAGAGGAUGGUCGGAUAGACUCUUUUCGACAAAUUGUCCCUGCGCCUUCAGAAAACGGUACCGUCGACUCGGAAUCCCAGUUUGGUUAUGACUUCCUGAAAGCAAUCCUUCUCUGGCUAGAUGGCGGCCGCCAAGCCGUUGUGGAAGGAUUUAAGCUAGGUCAAAAUUCUCCUCGGAAUCGUUCUCGGUUUCCCAUCCCGGAACAUGAAGGGGACAGAGCAAUUGAACAUUAUCUUGUACCGUACCUGCGGGAAUUAGCCGACUCAACGCCUGUCAUUGACGUGGAUGCUUCCCGAUUCGAACGUGACGAAUCGCGGAUCAUCUUUCCGACACAGCAGGCUGCGCUUGCUGCUUUUGAGAAGGCUGUCCAACUGCCCCUGGAAGAACUAGAGGAAGCCGCAGUUGUAGACGAAAACGAUGAUUCGCCCGAACGAAUAGUCCGUGCUUUGAACAAGCGUGCUGCGACAAAAUUCUGGGGACUCAGAGUCGGACGCGGCCUGUUAAUGAAUGUUGGCGAAGGCAUUACUUUCGAGUUUGUCAACCGUGCAUUUGGGGGUUUGCGCACGUUCUUGAAGGAAGAUGAUGAAGAUGAUGAUGAGUGCGAGCGCAUACAGGAAGACAUUGACUUGGAAGACAAUUCAGACAUUGAAGAAGUUCGGCUUGUUGCUAAUCGCGUUAACGGACACAAUUCAAACUCGGACGGGAUUGAAGCAGCAGGUCCGACCCAACUCACCAGCAUUAGCGAUGCGUCACAAGACGAAUCCGAUGAUUUCGACAUGUUUGAUGAAAGGGCUAGCUUUGAGUUUGGUUACACGGACGACGAAGAUAAUGAUAUGGAUGACGGCGACGACAAUGACGAUUUCGAUGACGACGAACAAGAUGCCGAUGACGAUAUAUUUGGAUUCUUGAAUCACGGUGGACUUUCGAACCGUCGGGGCAGAGAAGAAGUUGACCUGGACGUUCCCUGUGGGACUCACGAGAUGAUCUAUCGCGGACAUUGUAAUAUCAAAACAGUCAAGGAUGUCAACUAUUACGGUCUGGACGACGAGUACGUUGUUAGCGGAUGUGACUCUGGACACGUUUUCAUGUGGGAUCGAAAGACGGCCAAUAUUGUCAAUAUUCUGGAGGGUGAUGGAGAGACAGUGAAUAUAGUACAAGGUCACCCAUACGAACCGACAUUGGCCGUUUCUGGACUUGACAAUACGAUCAAGAUAUUCUCUUCCGAUAGACGCGCACAACAUGAUGCCCGCCACGGGGUCAACAUACUCAACCCAGAACAUCCGGCAAAUAUGUUUGGAGCUCGUCCGCGCAAUACGGCUGGCAGCUCCCAAGUAUUCGGUCUUAGAAGUUGCAAACGAGUCACGAAUAGCUAUCAGAUCAUCUCUCAAAACGACAUUGACAGACAAGGUGGACUCAGCGAUGCCUAUAUCACAAGAAGUAUGUUGGCUCGAAUCGCCGCGUCGAUUGGGCAGCGUCAUACGAUGAGAGGUGGGAAUCCUGCAGCCGCAGCAGAUGUGGGCGAAGGGACUACUUUAGUACUCGAUGAAAACUGCACAGUUAUGUGA